GAUUCGAGGUUGUUCUCUGUUGGCGAGCUAAAAAAAACGAAGUCGUGAAACAAUUUCAGAUUUUCAACAAAAUUUUUAAUUCAUUAUAUAAUAUUAAAAAUAGAAUAUAAUUCUUUUUUUCUUUCUUCUUGAAAAAAAAGUGGGAUUAUUGUACAGUUAAAAAUGGCAAAUAUUGUCCCGCAAACGUGUCGAAAUGCAUUUAAACAAGUUCGAGCAUUGCACGUGUCAGCGGGACAAAGUGGAGAAGCAAGAUUAAAAACAUUUUCUAUUUAUCGAUGGAAUCCUGAUAAACCAGAUGAAAAACCUUACAUGAAGGAGUAUAAGGUUGAUUUAAACACAUGCGGUCCCAUGGUUUUGGAUGCAUUAAUUAAAAUAAAAAAUGAAAUCGAUCCAACUUUAACAUUUCGUCGAUCGUGUCGCGAGGGAAUUUGUGGAUCUUGCGCCAUGAAUAUUGGAGGAUCAAAUACUCUCGCUUGCAUUAGCAAAAUUGACUCAAAUUUGAGUAGUGCUAGUAAAAUUUAUCCAUUGCCGCACAUGUAUAUUGUUAAGGAUUUAGUGCCGGAUAUGACGAAUUUUUAUAAUCAAUAUCAAAGUAUUGAACCAUGGCUUCAACGUUCAGAUGCAAAGAAAGAAGCAACUCAACAAUAUCUUCAAAGUACUGAAGAUCGUCAAAAAUUGGAUGGAUUGUACGAAUGCAUUUUGUGUGCAUGUUGCAGUACCUCCUGUCCAUCUUAUUGGUGGAAUGGAGAUAAAUAUCUUGGUCCUGCCGUUCUUAUGCAGGCAUACAGAUGGAUUAUCGAUUCUCGUGACACACAAUCCGAUAAACGUUUGGAAAAAUUAAGGGAUCCAUUUUCUGUUUUUCGAUGUCAUACAAUUAUGAAUUGCACGCGAACUUGUCCAAAGGGCUUAAAUCCCGGAAAAGCAAUUGCGGAGAUAAAAAAAUUGUUGGGUAACGUUAUUCAAAAACCAGCGCCAGGUCUCAAUACAACGGCUCUUCAAAGUUAAAUUUUAAAAAAGAAAACCGAAAAAUAGUAAUUGUUUUUUGUAAUUUCCAUAAAUAAUCAAAUAAUUAAAUGAAAUUUUCUUUUUUUCAAAGUCAUUUUUGUUAUAUUAUUUGAUGACUUGUAAUUUCUAUUUAUAUCAAUAUUAUAUAAUGAAAAAGAAAAACAAAAACUGAAAUAUUUCAAUUUAUAUAUAAUAAUAAUUAGUAUUAGAUUGUAAAUGAUGUAUUGUUAAAAAUACAAUUGAAAUGCAAAAAUUGUU